AUGCAGGGCAUUUGUAUGGGAGCAUCAUUCAAGAAAAGUAUGCCAAAGGAUAUAGUAGUCUGGCAUUCAGAGAUGAGAAAAGCUAGAGAAUGUUGUAUUGAUUUGGAGAAUCAAAGGUACAAACAGAAGAAAAAAUCCAAACAAGUAACAGUUAUUACCAACCCAGCUUUUAAUAAAAUUAUUGUCCCUCAGUGUUCUACAUUUGAGAGAAGUUUUAGUUUGAAGACAGUCUUGAUUUCAUUGUGCAGAGAAACUGUGGGGAAAUGUCUUCAUCAGUAUAAGACACUUGGAAUGAGCUUCCAGAAUUUUCCUCACCUAAUUACAUGUAAUACACUUUCCUUAGAGAAGAGCCUUUCUGAGUAUAAUGAAUGCAGGAAACCCUUCAGUUACCACUCAGACCUAGUUAAAUUUCAUAGAAUACGUGCUGGAGAUAAGUUAGCACAUAGUAAACACAAUGAAUAUGAGAAAGCCUUCAGCCACAGAGGGAGCCUAACUAAAAAAAGAAUUCAUAUCAGAAAGAAAUCCUUUGCAUAUAAUGAAUAUAAGAGAGACUUUACUUGGAGGGCAAAUCUUAUUUUCCACCAGAGAAUUAAUACUGAAGAGAAACCCCUUGAUUGUAGUGAAUGUGGAAAAGCCUUUACCAGGAAGGAACACCUUACUAGACAUCAGAGAACUCAUUUUGGAAAGAUACCUUUUGCAUGUAAUGAAUGUGGGAAAAGCUUUAAGCACUGGUCAAACCUUUUUAUACAUCAGAGAACUCACACAAAAAAGAAACCCUUUUCAUAUAAUAAAUGUGGAAAAGCCAACCAUCAGAGGGAAGAACUAAAAAACCAUCAAAAAAUUCAUAAAGGAGAGAAACCCUUUGCAUGUAAUGAAUGUGGAAAAGCUUUUAGGUAUAGUUCAAGCCUUAUUAUCCAUAAAAGAACUCAUACUGGAGAGAAACCUUUUGCCUGUAAUGAAUGUGGGAAAUCCUUCAGUGAGGGUGCAGUGCUAAAAAGGCACCAGAGAAUUCAUACUGGAGAGAAACCUUUUGCUUGUAAUGAUUGUGGGAAAUCCUUCAGUGAUAGUGUAGUCUUUAGAAGCCAUCAGAGAAUUCAUACUGGAGAGAAACCCUUUGAAUGUAAGGAAUGUGGGAAAGCAUUUAGCCAAAGGGGAUAUCUUAUUACCCAUCAGAGAACUCAUACUGGAGAGAAACCCUUUGCAUGUAAUGAAUGUGGGAAAGGCUUCCGAAAUAGGAUAAACUUUAUCACUCAUCAGAGAACUCAUAUUGGAGAGAAACGUUUUGCUUGUAAUGAAUGUGGUAAACCCUUCAGCAGGAGGGAACACCUUAUUAGACAUCAGAGAACUCAUACUGGAGAAAAACCCUUUGCAUGUAAUGAAUGUGGGAAAGCCUUCAGGCACCGGUCACAUCUCAUUACCCAUCAAAGAACUCAUACUGGAGAGAAACCCUUUGCGUGUAAUGAAUGUGGGAAAGCUUUUAGCCAAAGUGAAAUUCUCAAAAGCCAUCAGAGAAUUCAUAUUGGGGAAAAGCCUUUUACGUGUACUGAAUGUGGAAAAGCUUUUAGGCAUAGGUCAAGCCUUUUUAUACAUCAAAGAACUUAUUUUGGGGAGAAACACUUUGCAUGUGAUGAAUGUGGGAAGGCUUUCAGUGAGAGUGAAGUUCUGAAAAGCCAUCAGAGGAUGUACACUGGAGAAAAACCUUUUGAAUGUAAUGAAUGUGGGAAAGCCUUUCGCCAUAGAGGACAUCUCAUUAAUCAUCAGAGAACCCAUAGUGGAGAGAAACUCUUUACUUGUAGUGAAUGUGGUAAAGCCUUCAGUGAAAAUGAAUUACUCAAAAUCCAUCAGAGAAUCCACACUGGCGAGAAACCCUUUGAAUGUAAUGAAUGUGGGAAAGGCUUCAGCAGAAGGGAACACCUUAUUAACCAUGAGAGAAUUCACACUGGAGAGAAACAUUUUGCAUGUCAUGAAUGUGGGAAGAGCUUCAUCCAAAGAGGGAAUCUUAUUACCCACCAGAGGACUCAUACUAAAGAGAAACCCUUUGCAUAUAGUGAAUGUGGGAAAGCUUCCAUUGAGGGUGUAGUACUCAAAAGUUAUCAGAGAAUUCAUGCUGAAGAGAAAUCCUUUGAAUAUAAUGAAUGUAAUAAAAGUUUCAGCAAUAAGACAAACCUUAUUUCUGAUCAGCAGUCUCAUACUGGAGAGAAAACCUUUUUGUACAAUUAAUGUUGGAAAGUCUAGUGAGAAUAAAGUAUUCAGAAGUUAUUAAAGAAUUCAUAGUGCAGAUAAAUCCUUUGUAAUGAAUACAUGGAAGUCUACAGAAGGGACCAUCUAAUUCCAGAAGUCAUUUUAGAAAAACUCUUUAUAAUUCUAUGAAUUUGGAAAAAGCUUAAGUGAAGAGGAAAGUACUCAAAAGCCAUCAGAUAAUGUAUAGUAGUGGAAAACCCCUCUAAUGUAAUGGUUUUGCAAUGAAUAUCACUAGAGAUGAUGUCUGAAAUUCUUAUUAACCAUUAAAUUCUUGUUAACCAUUACAUAACAUUAGAGAGCCCAUACUGGAGAAAAACCUUUUAUGUGUAAUUAAUGUAGAAAAGCUUUUAACCAACUUGGAAGAAGUGGAACUUUUUAAAAAAAAAACCUGUAUCUUCUGUCUUAGAAUCAAUACUGUAUAUUGGUUCUAAGACAGAAGAGCAGAAAGGGCUAGGCAAUAAGAGUUAAAUGACUUGCCCUAGGUUACACAGCCAAGAUGUGUCUGAGUUCACCUUUGAACCUGGGACCUCUAAUCUCUGGGCCUAGCUUUCGAUCCUGAGCUAGCUAGCUGCCUCCUAGGACUGGAACUCUUUGAAUUGUAAUUGACUGUCAACAAAUCUUAUUUCUCAACUAAGAAAUCAUAUUGAAAACUCUAAAUGGAAUGAAUAUGGAGAAUUCUAUAGACUGAGUAAAUACCUUCUUUAGAAGGGUUGAUUUGUUAGGCAUCAGAACUGAGAUUAGUGAAACAUUUUGAAUGUAAUAAAAUGAGUAUGUUAAUGAUUCCAUAUUGACAUGUUGUAAUGAUUCUCUAAAAUAACUGAAAAAUCUUGUUUGGUCUUAUUCUUUUACCACUGCCUCAUUAAAGAGCACAGGUGGUAUGCACAUAAAGUAAGGCUUAAGGGGAUAAUUACACUGGAUGCCAGAGUAAGGAACCAAAAGAAUCUUUCACAAUUAGAGCAUUUGCUCUGAAUCUAAUUAGUUGAAUUUGUGGAUACAAAGUAAGAAGAAAAUUCUAAAAGUUAGAAGAGGUGAGAGCCAGGUCUAGAGAUGGGAGGUCCUAAAUUCAAGUCUGUCAAGUCACUUAACCCCCAUUGCCUAGCCCUUACCAUACUUCUGCCUUGGAACCAACAUUUAGUAUUGAUCUAAGAUGGAAGGUAAGGGUUAAAAAAAAUAAAAAAUAUAAAAGUUAGAAGAUGGGAGAGAUCUGGUUAGACAAUAGUUAUGAAAAAAGUUGGAGUUUUAUUGAUCUAGUAACUCAGUAUAAACUAGAAUUGUCAUUUUUUCUCAUCAGUUUUAAAUUUUUUUAAUUUUUAAAAAAUUAAAAAUAUUUUCCCAUGGUUAAUUUAAAAAAUUCAUUAUUUCCCCCCUCCCCCUUUUCCUUUCCUGCUCCCAGAUCUGACAAGCAAUUCCAUUGGGUUAUACAUGUCAUUGUUCAAAACCUAUUUCCAUAUUAUUCUUAUUUGCAAUAAAGUGAUCUUUUAUAGUUAAAACCCCAAUCUUAUCCCCAUCAAACCACAUGAUCAAUCAUUUUUCUUUUGCAUGUCUUCUCCCAUAGUUCUUUCUCUGGAUGAGGAUAACAUUCUUUCUCAUAAAUUCCUCUGGAUUGUCCUGGAUCAUUGUCUAUUGCAUCAAAGUCUAUUACAUUUGAUCGUGCUACAAUGUAUCAGUCUCUGUACAAUGUUCUCCUGUUUCUGCUCCUUUCACUCUGCAUAAGUUCCUGGAGGUCUUUCCAGUUCACAUGGAGUCCCUCCAGUUCAUUAUUCCUUUGAGCACAAUAGUAUUCCAUCACCAGUAGAUACCACAAUUUAUUCAGCCAUUCCCCAAUUGAAGGGCAUCCCCUCAUUUUCCAUUUUUUUGCCAUCACAAACUGCGCGGCUAUGAAUAUUCUUGUACAAGUAUUUUUCCUUAUAGAAUUGUAAUUUUAGUUGUUGAUUAGUUGUGCCUGACUCUUUGUGACCCCAUUCUAGUAUUUCUGCCCCCAAACCUCCAAAUUUUUGGUCUUUUUUUUUUUAAGAGUGACUAACCUCAUAGACUGGGAAUGUUAUAUAUAGGGUUCACCUAAAUUUUGUCAAAAUAUAUGAUAAAGCCAUUGUAGUGGGAGAGCUGAUCAGGAAACCCUGGGCCAGAAGGGAUACCUCUUCAGGAAUGAUGAGGCUCCAGUAAUUAGAAUUGUCUAUUACAGAUUCCCUUACAUUCCUGUAAUGUUUAGGGUAAGCCUGUACCCCCAUAUCAUCAUGUUAUUCUUUUGGGAAAAAAUAAUGUUGAUUAGAGAAUAAUAGUCAACUUGAUUGAAAAUGGAAUGGUCAAGCCUCCAAAAAUGGUCAUUAAAGAUUUUGCCAAAUUGGAAGGCCUAAAGUAGAGCCGCCAAGGAACUUAUCAUUUUCCAUAUUUUUGUCAGUGACUUGGAUUAAAACAUAGAUGCUUGUUAAAUUUCCAGAUAACCCAAAUUUGCUCCCCAUUUCCCACUAGCUCCACUGCUUUUGGACUUCUCCAUCAUAUUAUCUUUCCCCAGGAAACUCAUCAUUGGGAAAUCUAAUUAUCUUUCAAGAUUGAAUCUGCCUGGUCCUCACAUUUCAUUAGUACCCUCUGCCACCCGCUGAACCCACUGGCUUCAGGGCAGGGUCAUGUGCUCCAGGUUUGCUUUUUAAGACAGGCGCUCAGCACAGUCUUCCCCAUUUCCCACCAGCUACACUACUGUUGGACUUCAUCAUAUCCCCCCAUGCCAAAUUCCUCUGCCACCUUUCUCCCACCCAUUUUCGUCUUCCUUUUAUAUGUUGUUGUCCUCCAUCAUAUUGUAAGCUCUUUGAAGUCAGGGACUGCCUUUUUUGUUUGUAUGCCCAGCACUUAACAGUGCCUGGCACAUGACAGGUGCUUAAUAUUAUUUAUGGACUGAAUAAUAGCUAAUACGCUAAAUGAUAGGAACCCAUAAGAUUUAGACAGACUAGAACACUGGGCAGAAUUUAUUUAUUUUCAUAUUCUAAGUUUAAACACCCGUAAAUAAGGGUAUGUUGUGAAUUCCUUUCAUACCACUUGCUUAAAAAAAUUGUGUGUUUGUACAGGUAUCCCUUCCAUGCCUCAGGAGCUAGGACAUGGCACUCCUGUGAUCUAGGAACAGUAAUAUUUUUUGGCCCUCCAUACCAGAGAAGCCUGAAUUUUUUCUUUUUCUUUUAUGAGGUAUUUAUAGUACCUUUUAUGCAUUUGUGAGUUAUUAACUUUUUAAAGAUGUUUCUACAUUUCUAGCCUUUGUGUGUUGUCUGCUGGUUUUGUGUUCUUUUUUUUUGCAAACUUUUAUUUAUUUUAACUUUAAAAAAGAAAGUGUAUACAUGGUAUUAAAUGAUAAAGUAUGUUGAUAUUAUAUAAUACUAGACAUAUUUUAUGCAUUUCUGAGUUUCUAAACUCUUUCUGUGUUGCCUCCUGGCCUUCUCAUAUUGUCUGUGACUUCUACAAAACUCCCAAGAAAUUCCCAUUUAAUUUCUUAUACUGACCUACUAUAUAUCAAACAUAUGUGUAUAUAUAUAUAUACAUAUAUAGAGUGCAUAUAUAUGUACUCUCUAUAUAGUACAUCCUUGUGUUAUUUUUUUGGUUUUAUUUAAUUUUUUAUAAUAAAUAGAUAAUUUUAUUUUUUUAAUGUUUGUAUUUUAUUUAUUUUUAAAAUUUUAUUUAGUUGAUUAAGAAAAGUUUUCCAUGGUUACAUGAUUCAUGUUCUUUCCCUCCCCUCCUCCCACUCUCCUCCUAUAGUCAUUGAGCAAUUCCACUGGGUUUUACAUGUGUCAUUGAUCAAGACCUAUUUCCAUAUUAUCGUUAUAUUCACUAGGGUGAUCGUUUAGAGUCUACAUCCCCAAUCAUAUCCCCAUCAAUCCAUGUGAUAAAGCAAUUGUUUUUCCUUCUGUGUUUCUAUUCCCACAGUUUUUCUCUGGAUGUGGAUAGUGUUCUUUCUCUUAUAUAAGUCUUUCAGAAUCUUCCUGGAUCAUUGCUGCUAGUAGAGAAGUCUAUUACGUUUGAUUGUACCACAGUGUAUCAGUCUCUGUGUACAUUGUUCUCCUGGUUCUGCUCCUUUCACUCUGCAUCAAUUCCUGGAGGUCGUUCCAGUUCACAUGGAGUUCCUCCAGUUCAUUAUUCCUUUGAGCACAAUUGUAUUCCAUCACCAACAGAUACCACAAUUUGUUUAGCUAUUUCCCAUUUGAAGGGCAGCCCCUCAUUUUCCGAUUUUUUGCCACCACAAAGAGUGUGGCUAUAAAUAGUUUUGUACAAACAUUUCCAUGUAUUAUUUUCAAAAGUAUUCUGCCUUUCUAUUUCCUUCUAAACUUCUGUUCCCUUCUGCAUAUUUUUACAGCUCUUUCAAUGCCUUUCUUUUUGGGAGCAUUACUAUUUCUAACCAUACACCUUCUCCCCAACAACCCUCCACCCAAUUAAAAGCCUAAAGAUAAAAAAAAAAAUAUUCACUUUUGUAAAAAUAAGCACAGUAAAGCAAAAUAAAUUAAUGUAGUGGCCUUGUAACAAACUUUAUGUUCUUUUCUGACCUUGUAUCCAUCACCUCUAUCAGAAAGUAGAUAACAGUAUUCCUUCUAAGACCUUUGAAAAGAUGGUUGGUCAUUGAACUGAGGAGUUAUUAAAUCUUGCAAAGUUUGUCUUUAUAGUGUUGAAUCAAUUGUUUUCCUAGUUCUGCAUGAUUCACUGCAUCAUUACCCAGGAUUCUCUGAAAUCAUCUCUCCAAGGAUACUUCUUACAUAUAGCUCCUUCCAUCCACUCUCCCCAUUCUUUACCCCCCAUUCUCCAUUUAAGAUAAGGAAGCUUGUUUUGCUGCCAAUCCAACCUCCUUUUCUUUUCUUUUUUUAAAACCCUUACUUUCUGUGUUAGAAUCAAUAUUGUGUAUUGCUUCCAAGGCAGAAGAGCAGUAAGGGGUAGACCAUGGGGGUUAAGUGACUUGCCCAGGGUCCUACAGUUAGGAAGUAUCUGAAGUCAAAUUUGAACCCAGAACCUCCUGCCUCUAGGUCUGACUCUCAAUCCACUGAGCCACCUAGCUGACUCUUCUAUCCUCCAUGCCACAUCUCUGCUCACAUUUGCUUGUUUCCUUGUUGAGUUUGAUGUUUUUCUACACUAGACUGUGUAUUCCACUCUUCUUUGUCCAUUUUGGACAAGUUUUAUACAUUCAUCAAAAAAAUUCCAAAACAAAAUGAAUUAUUUUCUUUAGGAAUUUCUGGCAUGGUUCCUGGAUGUCCAUUCCAGGGGCUACUUUUUCAGGAGGGAAGAAGCUGGGAAUGACAAGGGCCAUGGGAAGAUUCCCAGGGCGAACAGCAAGAUAGAAUGAAGAGGGCCAUCCCAUUUAGAGGUAUCAUUAAGUGGUUGUAGCUCUGCAUUAGUGCAGUAAGCCUUUCUGAAAGGUGUACAAUGAUCACGAUGUCACUUGCAAAUAGGAACAUUUCGAUAACUAGAUUUUCUAAAGAGCCCUUCUUUUGUUUGGGUGUGAGAGAUAUCACAAAAUGGUGGAGAAGAGACUGGAUUGAACAUCAGAGGACCUUGCUUUGGAAUCUUUGAUCUACCCACAUGGAUUAUAUAUCAUGUGUCCUUGGGAGAGUCAUCAUUAUGGUCUUCAGUUCCCUCAUCUGUUAAACAAUUUUAGAUGAGAGGAUUACACAAGUCUAUUUUACCUGUAAGUUUAUGCUAUUAUUAAUGCAGAUAUCCCUCACGAAACACUAUUAAGGUACCUAAUCAUUACUUUGCACAUCACAUUUCUUCCUUUCUUGGGGCUGGGAGGUGUUGGUAUCCUCUCUAUUUCUUUUUUGUUGUUUUUCCCUUUCUGAUCAGUUCAAUUCCAUUCAGUAAACAUUUAUGAAGGCCCUACUAUGUGCAAAGCACUAUACUAGAUCCUAAAGAUAAGAGGCAAAAAUGUAAUAGUGUUUGCCAUCAAGGAACUCAUCUUCUAGAUAGAGAGUAACCUGUUAACAGAUCAGUACAUACAAAAUCUAUAUGACAAAAAGACCGUAAUUUUUGUUACUGAGUGCUAAAAAUUAGUAUUAAAAAAGGACUUCAGUCCUUUUGUAUUGAGCUGCAUUUUAAGGGAGCUGGAUAUUUAAGGGAGUAUGUCAGAGAUGAGAAGAGGAGAGCAUUCCAGGCAAGGGGGAGGGGGGACACCUAAGAAAAGACACAGAGGCAGGAGAUGGCUGACCUUUAUGGGAAAUAGGUAAUCCAGUUUGCGGAGAAGGUAGAUCUCUCAAGGGGUGAGGCAGUAUUGGGAAAUUAUUCUGAAAGAUUGGUUGAAACUUGUAACCUAUGUGUGUUCCAGCCCUCCUCCUCAGAUCCAGUUGUGCUACAUCACACCCUAAUGGGGUCCCAUGUCUUUUCUACCAAUGCAUCUGUUUCAUUCCCAGCUGGCUGUAUUCCCUGAGCUUUUAGGGGUCUGGUCACUAACAUCCCAGUUCCAUUUAACAUCAAUUAACUUUUUUUUUUUUAAGGAUUAUUUGCUGCAAAGGUAUUUCAAGAAUGAAGGAACAAAGCACUUCUCCCAAUAUCUCCAGGGCAUUCUCUCCAAUGCCACUUUGGUCUCUGGGGGAAUAGGCCCAAACUCAAUCUAGUUCUAAUAUAGUAUUGAUCCUGUAAAUUAAUAUCCAAAGAUGGUAUCACUGCUAAGGUUAGGAGGUUAAUUUUUUUUCUAUUUUGUGACUCAGUGACAUCUUUAAAAAGAUAUUUUAUUUUCCCAAUUACAUAUAAUAACAAUCUUCAACAUUUUCCAAAAUUUUAAGAUCCAAAUUUUCUCCCUCCCCUCCUUUUCCUUUUUCCUUCCAGAGAUGUUAAGCAAGUUGAUCUGGGUUAUACAUGUAUUAUCAUAGAAAACAUAAUUCUAUAUUGGUCAUUGUUGUAAAAGAAUAUUUGUAUCCCCCCCAACAGAAACAUAAAACUAAUGUGAAAGGGAUUAUGCUUUGAUCUGCAUUCUCAUUCAGAAGUCCAAGUCCUUCAGAAUUGCCCUGGACCACUGUACUGCUGAGAGUGGCUAAGUCUUUCACAAUCGAUCAUUACCUAAUAUUGUUACUGUGUAUGUCUUCCUGGUUCUGCUUAUUUUACUCUACAUGUUCAUGGAGAUCUUUCCAGCUUUUUCUGAAAUUGUCCUGCUCAUCAUUUCUUAUAGCACAAGAGUAUUCUAUCACCCACAUAUGCCCUAAUUUGCUCAGCCAUUCCCCAAUUGGAGGGCAUCCCUUCAAUUUCCAAUUCUUUGCCACCACAAAUAAAGCUGCUGUACUCAUGGAAUGCUGCCUAUGCGGGGGUUCUUGGUGUUUGGGGUAGUUGUGCUGAAUUCUUUUCUCUUCUAUGCUUUGUUAUUUGGACGGGGUGGGAGGCCAACAAGAUGGCUUGAAAUCUUCCCACAGCUAAGGGGGAUGCUUAGAAUAGGCUGUGGCUGAGGUUUUUGGAUUUGCCAAAGGACGGCAACAUUCUUUUUAAUUCCCUUCCUGGCUGCCUAGAGCAGCAGGAAGGUGCUUAUUACCUGCCUUUCUCUUUUUUAAAGCUGUUUUUAAUUCAUAUUUUUGUCUCCUAUAAAUUAAUAUUCAUCAUGUGAUCUAUGAUUCACAUCUAUUAUUCCCACCAUUUGCUAUAAGUGGGACUGUGUAAACCUUAAAAUUUCUUAGACUUAUGAAUGUUGGAAAUUUCCCCAUUGGGAAAUUUCAUACUUGAAAAAAUUUCCUACUGAUAGUAAGAACUCUAUUGGAAUAUGAAACUCCUUGGCAUGGGAGGAUCCUUCUCCUCCCUACUUAAGACUACUUUAGGACAGAAACCUUUUGCUAAACAAUGGAAAGGGCUUUGACCUAUGCUUAAGCAUAGAACAGGAAAUUCUUUGAGUCAUGAUUGAUUUUAGAAUUGAUACAAUAGAGAUACUUGGAAGGACAGAACCAGGUCUUGGAAACCACAAUCUCCACCCUACUCAGAGUAACAGGAUUUAGGAAGGGCUGCAGCAAAGAUAAAGAUUUAAUUAUUUGAGAAUAUGACCUUCAACAGACAUGUGCAAAGGGGACACACCUCUGGGUGGUCCUGGGUUAAGCUAGAGACACCUUUGGCACAGGGGAGACAUGGACAGUGAUUGGUAGAUGUGAGAACUGAGGGGAGGGAACUUAGAUUGUUGGCUUAAAGAUAGUGGGGUCUGAGGACUGAGGAGGUGGAUGCUCUUAAGGAGGUCUGAGAGGAGAGAGGUCCUGGAGGGAGAGUUCCUGGAGAGGUUUUGAAGGAGGCUGUGGAAGGUGAACUCAGGAGGAGUCAAGAGAAUUCUCUGGAAACAUUUCUUGAAAGGAGGCUCUCCUGAAGGUGGAGCCUGAGGUUGGCAUGAGAAGCCUUACCUAGAGAGAUCUUGGGUGAGUGAUAAAACCAACUGACUGAUUUAUUCAUUCUUAUUCCUUUCUUACUUUCUCUCUUUUUCUAUUGAUUAAUCAGUGUAUUAUAAAUUAAAUUUCUCUAUAAAACCCAGUUGGCUUGGGCAUAUUCAUAAAUUGGGAAUAUAUUCCCUGGCGACCAUCUUAUAUUUAUAUAAAACCAAGACACAGUAGAAAACAUAUUUCAGCGGUCAUAAUUGAUAUAUAUAUUUUCCUUGCUCCCAAACAUUUUAAUUAUCACAUUUUAUGGCUCCCACUCUCUUAUCUACAACUAUUUAACGCUCAAAACUAAUUUAAAUCUAACAACUGUUGCUAGGGUUUCAUUGCUAUUGAAUUGGGGGAUGAACCAAAUGGGAAGAAUAGUGGAUGCCGGUGCUCUGGGAGGCCGGGUACAAAAGCACAACGUUGGUGGAACCCUGAAUGUGUCUAAGCAUGGAAAUAUGGAAAGAAAUAGAUCCCCCAAUGACAUUAUACUGUACAUCCAUCCCUGCAGAGCCAGGGCUGUCACUAUGGGGCCUGCAGCUCGAGGAGAUCCAUACUGAUGAAAACAUCCAGAGCAACAAUUUCUGUUAUAACAAAGAACUGGAGGCGGGAGGGAGGCCAUCAUUGGGGAAGAGAGCAACA